AUGCCACCCAUCCGCGUUUGUACAAGUGUCUUCCAAGUUCCCGUGAUCGCAAACGCCUGGCUGGUCAGGUUUGGUGAGGCUUUCUCCAAACUGGCCAAAUACAAACGAGACAACAGCAAUAUAUGUAUUUCUGCAAAUGCCAAAACAUGUGGAGAGUGUAUUCAGAUCGGGCCACAGUGUGCGUGGUGCAAAGAUCCUGGUUUCAAACCUUCACGCUGUGAUGACAGAGAUUCUCUGGAAAAGGCUCGUUGCACUCCACUCAGCAUAGAAAACCCUCGAGGAACGGUCACCAUCAACAAGAACAAACCCGUCACAAACCGUAAAAUUGAUGGAGGACAGAAUCUGAGGCCUGAUGAGAUCACCCAGAUUCAGCCACAGAAACUCACCCUGAACCUCCGAUCAGGUGAAUCACAGAAGUUUACUCUCAAGUUCAAGAGGGCAGAAGAUGAUCCCAUCGAUCUGUACUUCCUGAUGGACCUCAGCGACUCCAUGCAAAAUAAUCUUGAGAAUGUCAAGAACCUGGGAACCGAACUUGCCAGGGUGAUGCAGCCCAUCACAAAAGACCUGCGGAUAGGUUUUGGUUUAUUCUUGGAGAAACCUUUCAUUCCGGUGACGCCAACAUAUCUGAAGAACCCAUGUUUUUCAAACAAUUGCACAGCCCGCUUCAGCUACAUAAAUGUCCUGAACUUGACAGAUGACACUGCAUUGUUCACUCAAGAAGUCAGCAAGCAGAAAACCUCUGGAAACCUGGACUCUUCAGAGGCAGGAUUUCAAGCAAUCAUGCAAGCUGCUGUCUGCACAGAAGUGAUCGGCUGGAGGAAUGUUACUCGCCUCCUUGUGUUCUCCACGGAUGCUGGAUUCCAUUUUGCUGGAGAUGGAAAACUGGGUGGCAUUGUUCGACCAAAUGAUGGGAAAUGCCAUCUGGAGAAUAAUAUGUACACCAUGAGCAACUACUUUGACUACCCCACCAUCUCUCAGCUGGUAGACACACUGAGUGACAACAACAUUCAGACCAUUUUUGCUGUGACACAGCAAUUCAGAGAUCUUUAUCAGGAGCUGUCUGCUCUAAUUCCUAAAUCAGCAGUGGGGACGCUGUCUACCAACCCUUCCAGUGUCGUCCAGCUCAUCAUUGAUGCAUAUAAUUCUUUGUCCUCAGCGGUCAUUCUGGAGAACAGCAAGCUACCUGCUGGGGUGUCCAUCUCCUACAUCUCCCACUGCAAGAAUGGAGUGAGCGAAAAAGGAGAAAAUGGGAGAAAGUGCUCCAACAUCUCCAUUGGGGAUGAGGUGAAGUUUGAUAUAGAAAUCACGGCUAAGGGCUGUCCAUCUAAAGGUAAAUCAGAGACUAUAAAGAUCAAGCCGCUGGGCUUCACUGAGGAGGUGGAGAUCGUCCUCAACUUCAUCUGCAAAUGUGAGUGUCAUAAAGACGGAGUCCCAAACAGUCCGGAGUGUAGCGGCGUCCAUGGCACUCUGGAGUGUGGAGUAUGCAGGUGUAAUGAAGGCCGGUUAGGCAGAUUAUGUGAGUGCAGCCAAGAUGAGGUCCUGACAGACGAUCUGGACGCAAACUGCCGCAAGGAUAAGGGGACAGACAUCUGCAGCAACAAUGGAGAAUGUGUCUGUGGAACGUGUGAGUGCAAAAAAAGAGACAACCCAGAGGAGAGAUACAGCGGACUGUUCUGUGAGUGUGACAACUUCAACUGCGACCGCUCCAACAACAAGCUCUGCGGAGGUCAUGGUCAAUGUGAAUGCCGAAAGUGUAUCUGUGAUGCUAACUACACAGGAAGUGCUUGCGACUGCUCUUUGGACACCUCAACCUGUCUGGCCAGUAACAAACAGAUCUGUAACGGUCGGGGCAUCUGCGAGUGCGGCGUGUGUAAAUGUACCGACUCAAAGUUUCAGGGUCCAACCUGUGAAAUCUGCCCAACCUGCCCUGGAGUUUGUACUGAACACAAGGAUUGCGUCCAGUGCCGAGCAUUUGGUACUGGUGACAAGAAAGACACAUGUGAGAAAGAAUGUAGCUACUUCAAUCUUAUAAUAAAGAAGAAGAAGGAGGAACUUCCUCAGCCCAACGACCAGCCCUACAUCAAUCACUGCAAAGAGCGUGACGCUAACGACUGUUGGUUCUUCUUCACCUACGCUACCAAGAACGACGGCACCGUUGAAGUCCAUGUGGCAGAGGAGCUUGGAAGUGCUUGCGACUGCUCUUUGGACACCUCAACCUGUCUGGCCAGUAACAAACAGAUCUGUAACGGUCGGGGCACCUGCGAGUGUGGAUAGAAGAGAGAUGACAGGAAAUUACUGGGAGGAGAGAGGGGAGCGGGAUCGGCAAAGGACCUCGAGACGGGAAUCGAACUCGGGUCGCCAUGAGCGCAGUUGUGCUAUUUGUCGACGCACUAAACACGGGGUUAUUGGCGCUGACAAUAAUUGUGUCUUUAUAGAAAUUUUAUAGAUGUAUUUCCUUAAGAGAAGCAAAUAAAAUAGUCUUUUAAUUUUAAAUGGACAGAAAUAUAUUUGUCUUGCACCUUGAUUUAAGUGUCAAUUUUUCGAAAUUGAGAUGUAUACAUCCUCUGAUAGCUGAAUAUAUAAGCUUUCCA